AUGUCUCGUGUAUUGCACCUGUCAAGUCCCUAUGACCACUUGAUUUCUCAGAAGUUCCCCAUUCAUGACCAUCCUUUAUACUCUACCACAGACCACGGUCAAUGCGCCGGGUGUUAUGAAGGAAAAGAACUCUCUGCCGAGUUUCUUGAAUGUCCCGAAUGCGAUAUCUUCUUCCACAAGGAAUGUAUCGAGUUAUCUCCAGAGGUGAUCACUCAUUCUUUCCAUCCCCAACACCCUCUUUGGCUUGUCAAGCGUGAAAGUCUACCUGAUCAAAAUGGUUGCAUGUGCUGUUCCCUGUGCGGUGAACAGCUUAUGUUACUAGUCUAUCGCUGUCUCAUAUGCGACUUCAAGCUGGAUAUGUCUUGUGCCAAGAACCCACCAUUGCUUGAGAUUGACCAACCUAAGGUCGGUCAACAUAAACUCCACCUCCUGAUGAAGAAAGUCUCCUUCACUUGUGAUGCUUGCGGGUUCGAAGGUGAUCGAUCUCCUUAUAUGUGUCUACCUUGCAACUUCAUGUACCAUAUCCGUUGUGUCUACUUCCCAGAUGACUCUCAACAACGCAGUUAUUCUCUUAGCCCUAGGACGUGGUCUUGUGGAUGUAGAUAUGUCCAUUCAGAUGUUGUAGCCUGCGAAAAAAUAAAGAAGGCAAGAGAACUUGAAAAUAAACCAAGCAAAGGUGAUGAUGAUGAUGAUUAUCCAUUCAAGAUAGUAGAAGACAAAUACAUAGACCAUUUCACACAUGAACAUUAUCUAGCAUUCCACAAGGAUGGUAAAGUUAGUGAUGUAAGUAAAAUAUGUCAAGCUUGCAAGUUACCUGUUGUUUAUAAUCCUUACUUCUGCUGCUACAAGGGAUGUGAGUUCUACGUUCAUGAAGGUUGUGCUAAUCUUCCUUGGAAAAAGAGAUCUAUUCUUCAUAACCAUCUACUUGAAGUGGAUGGAAAAUCUACAGCAAGGACAGAGUUUCAUGCAAAACACUUUUGCUGCAGUGCUUGUGGCCAGUUCCAUGAUGGGUUCAAGUAUUCAUGUUGUGACUUCAACUUGGAGGUAGGGUGUGCUUCAAUCCCUUUGCCCUUUAAAACAUCAAUUCAUGAACACCUUCUUACCAUCAAAUCAAAUGACCUCCAAAUAUGUAGUGUCUGCAAGUUAUGGGCCUCUCCUGUUCUGUCUUGUGCUACAUGUGGUUUGCAUUUGGGGUUUGAUUGUGCUCAGUUACCUAAACUAGCAAGACACAAGUAUGAUGACCAUCUUCUCAGCUUAGACUUUGUCAAGGAUGAGACAUGUGAAGGUGAUUACUGGUGCGAGAUAUGUGAGAAGAAGAUAGGUGGGAAGGCAUUGUUCUACACUUGUAAUGAGGACUAUUGUUGCUCCACUUUCCACACUCAUUGUGUAAUUGGUGCUUUACACUUGAAGUUAAAACAGUGCUUCAAGUUGUUUAGCCAUGAGUUUGAGGUGGUGGAGAACAGUUUGGCUGCUCUAAGACAUUGCUGCAUAUGUGGCUUGGAAUGCAAAGGGCUUGAGGUUAUAAUGAGCAAAGGUGGUGAUAAGUACUUGUGUUCUUCUAGCUGUUUGAUGAGAAACCGUCAUCUUCUAAAGAAUUUGUAA